AUGAGGCCUCUGCCGAGCGGGAGUAGGAAGAACCGCGGCAUAUCCCUGGGGCUCCUCGCCCUCUGCCUGACCGCAGCCUGCUGUCUGCAAAGUCAGGGUGUGUCCCUGUACAUCCCCCAGUCGGCCAUCAAUGCCACGGUGGAGGAAGACAUCUUGCUCUCGGUUGAGUACUCCUGCCAUGGCGUCCCCACCAUUGAAUGGAAGUACACCUCCAACUGGGGCGCACAGAAGAUCGUGGAGUGGAAGCCGGGCACUCAGGCCAACAUCUCCCAGAGCCACAAGGACAGGCUCUGCACUUUCGACAACGGCUCCAUCCAGCUCUUCGGCGUGGGCGUGAGGGACUCGGGCUACUACAUCAUCACGGUGACGGAGCGCUUGGGGAACAGCCAGUUUGGCACCAUCGUGCUGCACGUGUCGGAGAUCCUCUACGAAGACCUUCAUUUUGUGGCUGUCUUCCUUGCUUUGCUCGCUGCCGUGGCCGCGCUGUUAAUCAGCCUCAUGUGGGUUUGUAAUAAGUGUGCGUAUAAAUUCCAGAGGAAGAGAAGACACAAACUCAAAGAGAGCACCACUGAGGAGAUUGAGCUGCAAGAUGUGGAGUGUUAGCCAAGGCUGCGCCCAGUUACAUUCCUACCUCAAGAGGAGAAGAGUAUUUUCCACAAAGGGCGUGAACGCGGCCAAUCCGCCCUCCCAGCCUCCUGCCGCCCGGCCGUAGCCACACGGUCCCGAGGGGACUGCGGAUGUUAGCGAAAUUGACUCCGUGGACUCGAGGACUCUGGAUUGGACAAAGUCCGUUCUAGUGCUUGCAAGAAGCUCAAGGAGAAGCGUGCUUGAGGCUUCGGGCCAGAGCCUCGCUCGGCUGCCGCUUUGCGGACCCACGCCAGUGGCCUCGUGCUGGUCGGGCCGCUUGCUGGCUACACUCGUCGUGGCC